GUUUAGUUUAAGUUAUAUUUUUGAAUAUACACUCGUUAAAAACUUUCACUUUCGCUUUUUGAAAUGCCGCCGUGUCGUUUAUUUUAAUUAUUUAACUGUUUUUUUUGUUUAAUUAAAGGGAUUUUUUGAUUAAUAUGUUCGUCUCAAUUAAUUUAAAGAAAGGAAAAUAUCAAGGUUACUGAUAUUUUUGUAAUAAAUGAAACGAAACUGAAUGAUAAUUGUUUUAAUCUAGAAUUAUUUUUUUAUUAUUUCAAUUUUUAGUUUUUUUAUCGUUUUAUACUAUUCACAACACUAAACCAAUUUAUUGGCGUUGUUUCGUCAAUUUUUUUUUCUCUUUCUCCUGCUUCACAAAUGAUUUAUCCCUUUCCUUUAGUAGAUCAUAAAACAGGAAUGUUUUACCUCAACACUGACGGGACUACAUUUCUAAAGUCCUUAGUUUCACCAGUCAAACUUAAAAAAGAAAUGUUCAUCUAUCUCUUUCCAUCAUAUACCUGUCUCUCACAAUUUCUCAUUUCACCGUUCACUUGUUUAACAAGUUGACAUUAAGUGUGACAGAGUUGUAUCUUUACUACGUGACAGAGUAAUUUAUGACUUAAGUGAAGAAGGUAAGGUUCGGUUUUCGGUCAAGAGAAAGUUAGAUGGAACUUUCUCAAAGUGGAUCGUGGUUAGUAAUAUGUAUGUUUCCUAUUUUACACUGCUAAGUUGGUCAGUUGGCUAGUAGGUUCGCCGUCGUGAAGGCGGGCAGACGUCUCCUUAAACAAACAAUAUUAAAUAUAUCGAAAAAAAUGACGAGAAAAUCGCGUGAGCGCAGUUGAAAUAAUAAAUUAGAAAAAAAAAUGUGAAUGUGUUUCAAAAAACAAGUCCGAAAAUUGUAUUCGUUUUUAUUUGCGCGCGAAUUUUAACGUCAAAAUGACAGUUCGAAAGUGGUUUAAAUUUGGAAAAUCUAUGCACGUUAGUGAUGUGAAAAAUAUGUUGUUUUUUAUAGUAGUGUUGUUUGCACUGGACAAUUUGCCCUUAACCUGUAAGGGCGAAGAUUUUAAUAGAGAUUCAAGAAAGUUAUUCGGCGGCUACAGAAUAACACCGACCUACUGCAAAGCUUCUCGAGCCGCAAAAUACAACAGGGGCAACACGAUAUGCAUGUUCAACCAUGAAUGCGUGCAACGCGGCGGCGAGGUCGUGGGCGCAUGCAUGGACGGCUUCCUAUUCGGAGCAUGCUGCCAGCUGAAAUCAGACAGCCAGUCCCACAUCCCAAAAGGCCCUGGAGUCAUCAUGACCAGUUACUUAGACUACCCCGAAGCCACUGAAAGUGAUGACUAUGAUGUUGAGGAAUUAAGCGCUUGGCAUAAUAGUUAUAAGCCUGUAGUAACGCCCGGUUAUAAACCAGCUGAUAAAUCUCCAACAACAGCCAAACCCGAUGAUUUAAGUACUGAAGGUGAACACGCUGAAAUGAUCUCUGAAGGGUUGACUCAAAUAACGAAUACUCUACUUAGUUCCCCACCUAAAGAUAAUGGUUUCAUUUAUAUGAAACCUAAGCCUGAUUAUUAUACGCAUAGUACUAUAAACCAUGGUGGUCCAGACACUAUCCUUGUACACACGAACGGUACUGUAGUAAACGAUGUUGUUAGACCGUCAGAUUUUAAUAUACAAGUGUCUUCAAUGCAGACUAAGCCAACAGUCAGUCCUAGUACUUCGACAUCGGAUCCUCCAAAAACAGUAUCCACACAUCGUCCAGUUAAACCUAUAUUUAAACCUAAACCUUCGACGUCAACUGAAAAUUAUAUUGCAAUAUCUACGGUGACGAAAGACUCUAAAGUCCCAGAAUUGUCUUCUAUUAAUAGUAUAAUUCAGAUGUUGAAUGAUAGUACGCCGAGUAUGGGUGAUGAUGUCACUCCAUCCAUCGAUGUUAUGGAGACAAAAUCUUCUCCGUCACCGUUGUAUACUUAUCCUAGCUUCUCAAGUACCGGUCAUUACGUCACACUAAAGCCUACAUCCUAUUCUACAUAUAAGACUAAGAAACCAGUGCCAAGCAAAAAGCCAUCUUAUGACUAUCUACAUACGACUCCGAAUAGUUUGCCUCAAGAUGACAAACCUUCAUCAUAUUUCUCUUCACCAAGCCCGAGUCAGUCUACAAGCCAAGCUAUUGAAGCUUUUAACAGAUAUCCAACAGAUCCGACCGAUUUCGGAGAUCUAUCAACGUUUAGUUACGUUAGUUCUACUACAACACCAAAACCGACUACACCGAAAAGACCCCCGUCUACUAGCUAUGUGACUGGUGCCAGCCCUGUGAGAAGACCACCACCAUCUGCCAACGUACCUUCAUAUGAAGACACUUUCUCAAGUGUAACACCAACUGUCAUUGUUCUAAAUGAUAUCCAUACAACCAAAACACCUUUAGAAUCUGAUGAAACCCAAUUCGUCGAAAUUUCUCAAGAACCUUUCAAGAAACCGGUCAGUCAGAUUACUGUUAACAAUCACAUUGAAUCCACGAACAACAUUUAUAUGGGUAAACCGACCUACUAUCCGUCAUCAUCAUCACCAACUGUCGUUAUAACUCCAAAACCAGGUCCAAAUACGACUCCGUACCCAAUCAAAGCAUCUACAAGACCUGUAUCCAGUUCAAUAAGACCUUUGCCAAUUUCAACUACUCCAAGUUAUAUAGCCGAUGUCCCGACUACAAAUAAACCAGAAGUUCAAACUUCACCUGAUGAUUCUAUAAACUUCCCUCCUGUGAGGAACCCACUUCUAAACGCAACCGGUGCUAACCAAGCGCUUUACAACACUAGUGUUUCUAUGUCAGAUAGCGAACUUGACAUUCUCCACGAUGUCGAAUUCACGACUCCUACUUGGGAAGUCGAUGAAAAACUCGACGAGAAGAUGAAUGUAUUCGUUAGCAAAAUUGUUGGAAACCUACAAGGUACUUUCCAGGAACUACACGAUAUUGUCAUUCUUGGCAAGAAACCUAACGACACAGCUAUUCGGACGACAACGACGAAACCGAAAAAGACUCUUCCAACAACUAAGAGACCAUUUUUGACGACCACGAAGAGAACUACUAAGUUUACGACGACUAAGCCUACGACUAGAAGGCCUACUGUGAAGACCACGAAAAAGCCGACGAGGCUGACCACGCAGAACCGAAAGCCGACCACAACGCAGCCUCCGACAACCACAGUAGUUACCACCACAACAACUAAAAAGACGAAGGUGACAACCACAAAAAAGACGAAGCCGCCUAAGAAGGGGACGACCACGGUAGCCGCACCGUCGACCACGGAACUGUCAGAUGAGAUCACCACAGAAAACUAUGUCGAAAAACCCAUUGACUACAAUGAUAAAAAUUUAUGCGGAGUCCGUCCCCUUGCAAAGACUGGUCGUAUCGUCGGUGGUAAGAACACGAAGUUCGGAGACUGGCCUUGGCAGGUGCUGGUCCGUGAGUCCACGUGGCUUGGCCUCAUCACCAAGAACAAGUGCGGUGGAGUGCUGAUCACCAACAAGUUUGUGACAACAGCUGCCCAUUGUCAACCUGGGUGAGUUUGGAAGGUUGUAGGAUGAUGGUGUUACUGGAUAGGAGAAUUAAAGUAAUA